AUGAGUACUCAAGGUAGAAAAAAGGUCGAAAAACGAAUCUCAAAAUCCAAGCGCGCAGGUUUAAACUUUUCAGUUGGGAGAAUUGGCCGUUUCCUCAAAAAAGGGCAAUUCGCCAAACGAGUGGGCGCUGGAGCACCGGUUUACAUGGCUGCAGUACUUGAAUAUCUUUGUGCAGAAAUCCUAGAGUUGGCUGGCAACGCUGCUCGGGACAGGAAACGAUCCAGGAUUACUCCGAGGGAAUUACUUUUUGCAGUUAAAGGCGAUGAGGAGUUUACAAAGUUUUUUGGCACAGUCACCUUUAGCCAAGCUGGAGUUAAACCUCACAUACAACAGGUGCUUCUUGGCGUUAAAGGAAAAGGUAAUAGGACAGGUUAUACGCAAUCACAAGACCUUUAA